AUGGCGUCAACCAUGAGAGCAAUUCGAAUUUCAAGCACAGGAGGUUCAAAAGUUUUAAAAUAUGAUACGGUUCCGCGUCCCGAGAUUACUGGGCCGGAUGAUGUGCUGGUGAAGAAUGAUUUCAUCGGUGUCAAUUUCAUCGAUGUAUAUCACAGAACGGGUUUGUAUGAAAUCCCACUUCCGGCAAUAAUUGGGCGCGAAGGCGCUGGCGUCGUCGAAUCGGUCGGGGAAAAUGUAAAAGAUGUUGUUCCUGGUGACCGCGUUGUCUACUUUGGAAAUAGUUAUGCGGAAUACUCGAAUUCUCCCUCGAAGCACGUCGCCAAAAUACCAGAAGGUGUCGACUCGGAAGUGGCUGCCGCUUCCCUUAUCCAAGGUUUGACCGCGCACACCUUGGUUACUCAAGCCUAUCCCGUUAAGAAAGACGAUUGGAUCCUUAUUCAUGCUGCCGCAGGUGGCGUUGGCCUCCUUCUCACUCAACUCGUGAAAAACAUUGGCGCUCAUGCAAUCGGCACCGUCUCUACUUCCGAGAAGGCCAAAUUGGCAAAGUCGGCGGGUGCCGAAUACAUAAUUAACUACACCACCCAAGAUGUCGUUAAGGAAGUCAUGCAGAUCACGAAUAAAGAGGGCGUGCAUGCGGUCUACGAUGGUGUCGGAAAAAGUACAUUUGAAAUUUCCCUAGAGUGUGUGCGUCGACUCGGUACCUUUGUUACAUUCGGAAAUUCUAGCGGUAAAGUUCCGCCGUUUGACGUCACCACACUCGCAAAGAAGAACAUAAGACUAUUGAGGCCUACUUUGUUUAAUUACGUCGUUACCAAGGAGGAGUUCCAAACGUAUACGAGUGAAUUAUUCGAGUUACUUCUGAACGGCAAGUUGAACAUAAAAAUUUGGAAACGAUACAAAUUGAGCGAAGUGAAACAAGCUCACGAAGACUUGGAAGGAAGGAAAACUUCCGGAAAUACCAAUAAUAACAUACUGCAAAUAUUCAAAUCUCCUCUUCCUCUUGCUCUAAAAUUAAAUAUGGACGAAAUCUUCACAAAGUUGGCGCUUCAUACUGCGACUCUGGUCGGUAAGGCGGCUUUUGCGUAUAGUACAAAUUACGCUAUGAAACAAGUCACAAACUAUAUUAAACAAGACACCACCAACGCUCCUCACAUCGAUGUCUCCGAGAUUGAGCGAGUUAAAGAGAGUUUGGAACUUAGUAUACAAAUGGUUCAACCAGCAAUAGACUUAAUUGAAAUAAUAUCGGCACGUGGAAACACGACAUUGGAACCGACGGUUGCUCACACAACGAUGUUACGAAAGGAGAUCGAAUCGUUCGCACGUAUGAUUUCUAGAAGCUCUCUGGAUGCUGAAGAAUCAAAUAUUAAAACUUCGAAAAAAAAGCGUCCUCUGGACCAUUCUAAAAUCAUAAAAGAAAUGCAGGAUUUGAUACUGAAGAUCGAAAGGUUCGUCCCCUAUCUUAAUCUCGUGAUGACCACGAGCGGAGCGAAUCUCGGUUGGAGUUUGCCCAAUUCCGUGAGUCCCUCACGCCUACUACAAGCCUCUAAUGCAUUGUAUGAGGCAAAUAGGAAGUUUACGGGAAAUGUUGCCAAACAAAUGCGCGUGGGACCGGUGUACAAAUUGAAACUAUAUUAUAUGUUUACCGCUUCGGUACGACCCAAAUCGGUCGUCGAUUUUACGUGGAAGGAGGAGUUUACAAAGUGUGAUGCUUUUAUACAUCGAGUUCGUGAGGCUUCCAAGGAGUUUGCUUAUGAGUUGGUGCUUGUAGAAGACCUUAAUGACGGAAGAUAUCACGAGGAAUUUGAUACCGGUGAUCCAGCAAGACUGAAAGAGAUUAGAGCUAAGCUUGACAAAUCAAAUCAAAGUAUCCCGGGAAAGAUUCGUCGAAUUCCGGUGGGUGAGAUAUCGCGCUUAUACUAUACCUCAUCGGGAUCUCUGUUGAACAUCGAAGAGUCGAAGACACCGGUACUCGUUCUCAAAGUCAUAAAAGGGCUUUCCAAAGCUCAUUUGCUGAAAGAAAGAAGUUUGGAUAGAGUGGAUCUAGAUGCGAAUCCGUUGUACGUGCCUCAAAUGGCGGCUGCCCAUGAUGAACAUUUAAAGGAUGCAAAAGAACACACGGACGUGGAUUUGUUCGCCCUGGAAAUCUUUCAGGAAGCAGAAACCUUUGCUGCGGAUGAAGAAGAAGACUAUGAUGAAGAGGAAAUUGUUAGCAGUGACGAAGAGAUCGAUGAUGGCGGGAGGGUGACUGGGACCCCUCCCCGUGAAAAUGUUAGAACACCCUCGCCGAGGAAGCCCCCUCUACCAGACACACCAUCACCAAAGAGCAUUCCUUUGCCAGAAACACCGUUAUCAAGAACUAUUCCAAGAACAGUUUCGUCUUUGCCUGGCACUCCCUCACCGAGAAAUACUUCUGCUCCAACAUCCCUCAUCCCAAGCAACGUUCCUUUGCCAAUCAGCGAUGACGAAGAUUCGGACGCAACCUUAAGCGACGACGAUGACGAUGAAAUAAACAAAACCGAUGAACUUGAAAUAUCUGAUGAACAUCGGGAUCCCGUGAUAAAUAUAGAAGCCGACGUUGAAAGCGCUAAUGAUAUUCCAGGUACUCGUGAACCAACAGAUGUUAUAGAAGUUCCGGAUGCUGAUUUAAGCGUGGAUGGUGUUAACGAGCUAGACGGCGGUAACGUUGAGGUGUAUCAAUCUAAUUUGAAAACCCUUAGCCUUCUUGAAUACAUACUACGCCUAAGUGCGUUGGAGGUUUGUGAACAAACAAAUCACCUCGAAUUAGCCGAUGAGAAGAUUAAUUUGUUCCUCAAAGAUGACGAUCCAUCCGGAGGGUCCACUGGUUCAACAACGACUACUGAGUCAUCGCCGCCAAGACCAACACCGCACACCGCAACUUCCACUUCAUCAACAGCCAAGCCUUUGUCGUCUUCAAGAAGACUGUUAUUUGAAGAAGAAUUGAACGCAAUGAAAAUCAAAUAA